AUGUUAGGUCAAGAUAUAAGACUACAAUUGGCGCCAAUCCACAAAUAUUGCAUGAUCAACAUCAUUGAUUAUAAUGGAACUCAUGCAGGACGGCCACAAUGUGAUAUAUACAUACCAAAAGCGUCUGACCUUGAACAAGACCCAUUGUUUGCACGUAAACAAUUUCAUCAGCAGAACAAGGUCAGUUUAGUACAUAUAAUGAGACAAACGCAGGAUGAGUAA